ACUAGGACCUAGAAGGCAUCUAUCCACCCUGGCAGGAAUUUCUUGCUUGGAGCUCAGACAACAAAGGCAUAGAGAGAUUGGUUUUCUUUCUCUCAGCAUCUCCACCCAACCAGCAGAAAACCGGUCUCUGAGGUUCCACCAAAAUAUGGAACUUGAUUUUGGACAUUUUGACGAAAGAGAUAAGACAUCCAGGAACAUGAGAGGCUCGCGGAUGAACGGGCUACCUAGCCCCACUCACAGCGCCCAUUGUAGCUUCUACCGAACCCGAACCUUGCAGGCACUAAGCAACGAGAAGAAAGCCAAGAAGGUACGUUUCUACCGCAAUGGGGACCGCUACUUCAAGGGGAUUGUGUACGCUGUGUCCUCUGACCGUUUUCGCAGCUUCGAUGCCUUGCUGGCUGACCUGACACGAUCUCUGUCUGACAACAUCAACCUGCCUCAGGGAGUGCGCUACAUUUACACCAUUGAUGGAUCCCGGAAAAUUGGAAGCAUGGAUGAACUGGAGGAAGGGGAAAGCUAUGUUUGCUCCUCAGACAACUUCUUUAAGAAGGUGGAGUACACCAAGAAUGUCAAUCCUAACUGGUCUGUCAAUGUGAAGACAUCUGCCAAUAUGAAAGCCCCUCAGUCCCUGGCCAGCAGCAACAGUGCCCAGGCCAGAGAGAACAAGGACUUUGUGCGCCCCAAGCUGGUGACCAUCAUCCGCAGUGGGGUGAAGCCUCGGAAGGCUGUGCGUGUGCUUCUGAACAAGAAGACAGCCCACUCUUUUGAGCAAGUCCUCACUGAUAUCACUGAAGCCAUCAAACUGGAGACCGGGGUUGUCAAGAAACUCUACACUCUGGAUGGAAAGCAG